CAAAAUUUCCAUGUAAUUGUACUUCUUGUGCUACCUAUGCAAUCUGUAAUUUCACUAUUUUAUCUUAAACAAUGCGACGAUGUUAAACGAUGAUUCCGAACAAGAAAGUACAGAAUUCUAAGAGCAAUCAAGCCCAAGCAAGUCCAUGGCUACUGUGUCCAUCGAAGAGUUUCCCCGGAAAGUUUUACUAUUUCAAUGGUUCAACCGGAGAGACCGCGUGGAGCCUUAGCGAUACAGAUAAAAACUUGAAAAAGGGCCCAAUCCAUAGAGUAACGGAUAAAGCUCACACCUAUCCUGAACCUUUUGAUCCACCUUUUGAUGACAGUCCCAACGCAACAAACUCCUUCUCAUCCCUAAAAAACAGUGGCAACACAUUCACCCACAAUGCCUACGUCAGGCCUUCACCCGUAUUCGGGCAAGCGGUGUUCCCAAAAUACGUCCCACCGGACUUUACACCCAAUUUUAUAUGGGCACUGACUCCAAUGUAUGUGCCGAGUCAAAUACCGCAACACAGGCAAAUGCUGGAUCAAAUAACACAGACGUAUGAGCCAGAGCAAUCGAUGUUUGUCCCGUCUUUACACAGCCGUUUUCAAGCAUUGAAAAGACCAACACCAGAGUUCCAAUUUCAGCCGUUUAAAGAAAAAACAAUUUUAGCGUCAAACUUUGAACCAAUCACCAAACCAAAGAUGAAGGAUGAAGCUUGUCAAACAUUCGUACCGAGACCCCAAAGACUUAGAACCCAAUCAGAAAGCGAUACAACACCAAAAUCAGCUCUGAAACCAAGCAGGUCUGUGGAAAAUCUAUCAUUAACUAAAGAUGUGGAAACAUCAACUCUAAGUCCUCCGAGUAAGGUUGAGAAUGGAAGUGACAAGUUCAGUGAGCUAGAUAAGAAUGAUUUGAGGUUCAAACUGGUGGCUAAAAAGAAGAAAGUGGAAACGGCGGUGGCAGAGAAGCCAGACACAUCAAUAGACCAAUCAAAAGCGACUAAAGUAAGGGAAGGCUUACCAUCAGAAGGCUUAUUGCCAAAGAAACGUGUGACCUUCGACCUCCAAGAGCCAGGGGCCAGCCCCACCAGCUCUGAAGAUGUACAGGUUAUUGACCAGAGCCCCGAUGCUCAGACAGAAGCGGUUGUAUCGUACGUCGCUGCCGACACGCAAGCGCUACUGUCGGGUUUGCAAUGUAUAGAGGAAUUCGUCAAAAGUGACGCCAACUGUCGAUUACUAGUCCCACACGCAGUAUACAUAGAGCUGGAAUCGCUGGGUCGGGGGGACAGCGGAGCGGUGUCCGCGCGGCAAGUGCUUAGGAAGCUAAUCGCCCACGAAAACCACAUCGUAGUACAAAGUAAACCAGAAUACGAUCUGUCUCCUGAAGACAGCAUACUACAGUGCUGCUGGAAUCUGCUACAAGAGGACUGUCAUGUGAUUCUGAUAACAAAUAACAACAACAUAAGAAACAAAGCGAAAACAAUUAAUUUAGAAUGCCAUACUCUAGUGGAUAUCACAAUGGAAGAAAGCAUCGAUAAGGAAAUCGACCCAGUGCCCAUAACUGAUCUAGCAAAGUUAAAAAUUAUAGUAAAUAAUGAUAACAAGAAAUCAAUAAUAGUAGAAAAUCAUACAAAGAAAUCUGAUAGUAUUUUCAUGCAAACUUUGAAAGAAGUAAACGGUGUUUCUGUGACUAGACCCAAUGGUGUUAAAAUGCGUCCGUCUCGAAUAAAUUUAUUUACCACUGAAACUGAUAAUGAUAAUAUAUUUAGCAACAUCGACUCUAGUUCUGAUAAACUAAUAAAUUUGACUAGACCAAAGGAGAAAGAAAAAACUGUAUUGAAUUCAGAAUUAAAUAACGUAAAAAAUCAAAUUGUGAAACUUAGUAUAACAGAAAAGAGUCCUGUACAGAAUCGAACUAAACAGAUUAUGGAAAAUGUGUUUCGGAAUACGGGGCUUAUUGAUAAUAUCGGUCAAAACCCAUCGUUUGAUCUAGGAAAACAUUGUAUGCAAAAUGCCAGUGCAAAAAUAAAUGUAGAUAAAAUAAAUCAGAUUAAAAGUGUAUCAAAAAAUUUUGAAAAUAUUGACGCAAGCGAUUUAGAUAUAAGACUGAACACGAUAGAAAAUAAUCAAGAAAAAUCUAGAGAUACUAUAAAAGUAAGCGGUAUUACCAAAUUGACACAAUUCAAUUUGGAAGAAGAAUUAGGGAGAUUUUGCAUUAAAAACUCUGUAAUGGAAACCAGAGUGAAAAGUAGAUUAGACGAAUGGGUUUGUCGCUUAAUUCAACCCUUGGAAGGAGCUUUAGCAAAUCUCCUUUUAGAAGAAAACACAAAGGCUAAAAGAAUGAAUCCACCCAAGAAUCCCCUGUUUGAAACAAUACUAGGAACAGAUGAAAUAUUCAACAAGCACAGAAAUAUAAAACUUAUUAUGGAUCAGUUUCCAAUAGAACUAAUAAGUUGCAAUUUUAACAAUGGAAAAUUAAAGAAAGAUUUAAAACCAAACGAAUUUAUGAAACUGCUGGGUUUCAGUGUGAUUCUUAUAGAACAAUUGAAAAAGAUUGUCAAUUGUGAAGAACUGUACGACGCAGACGAAAAGUUAAAAGAUUUGUUAAAAAACAUAGAAGAUCCUAGGAGUGAUAUAGAGCUGUCUUUAGAAAAAGUUAACACGCCUAUAUUUAGUAGAAGUGAAAUUGAAGACCCAAAAACACGGAUAGCUUUCAGAAAGAGUCGAACCGAAGUUCUAGAAUAUUUGAAAAAACAUUUUGCGGAGUGGCAAAGUGAAUCAGACCCGACAGAUACUUUUGAUGGUUUUGAUAAUGAACCAAAUAUACUUAUAACUUCUGGUAAAAACUUGAAUACUGUAAAAAUUAAUAACAGUAGAGCUAUUACUGUAGAAAAGAAUACAAACAAUGCACUCAACACACAAACUAAAAAUGAAAAUAAUCAGAAAUUAAAUGCCAAUAAUCAACCAAAAGUUAUAAGAAACGUUAAAAUCAUAGAUGCUUUUGAAGAAAGACUUAAAAAGCAAGCACAAAUGGAAUCAGAUGAGCUUGAUUAUGAAGAAUCUGUGUAUACUAUAUCAGAUAUUACUGAGAUUAAAAGUGAAAAACCGGAUUAUUACAAUGUUAUAGAUGACUUAACUGUGUCAGAAAGCGACGCCGGUUCAGAAUGCACGCGGGCGUACCAAUUAGUCAAGAUAUUUUUGAUUAAGGUGAAGAGUACUUUAAUACGGAUAUUUAACUUCAUCGAAACAAGCAUACAAGAGUAUCGAGAAGGCGGCAUGUCAUUGGACAAAAAAGCUGAUAUAAACAGGAAAACUGAACUUGCUCGUAAUUACUUGCUGAAAAUUUCUGAAAGAUUGAAAAAUAUAAUCGCAAGAGAAUCUGGCGACGGGAUGACCCUGAAACGCCUUAUCAAAGCAGAGGAUUAUGUUGAGGACGACGUUAUGAUAUCUAAUUUCAAACAAACAGUCACCAAGUUCCUUGAGGAGGUUCAAAUACUGGAAGAAAUUCUACAAUAUCUGCUAUCUGUCUCUAACGCCGGGUGUUCGAAAGAGAGCGACAGAACAUAUUGUACCUCAGAUAUAGCAAGUCCGAUUCUUCCCUCCCGAAUGCAAAAGAAAGUGAUACAACCAACGAAUAGCAGUUAAG